CCACAAGUUUCUCCGCAUCCACCACAGAUGGCGACUGGUGGCGAGUCGAUCUAUCGCACCAUUAUGAACAGAUUGACUGCCCUCGAGGGGAAUACGACAUUGUAUGCGCGGUACGUAGAGGAGCAGACCACUGGUGUCAGGGAAGUGCUGCGCCGUUUGGGAGAGGAUGUCGGUCGGUUGGAGGGCAUC